CGGAACUGUAGCCACGUCGUCAAUGUGUGAGUAGUGAGUGAAUGAGUGUGGAGGAAGACGAAGGAAGGGUUUUAACUGAGAGCAGCAGUUUUCCUUCAGAGGAAACGCAUGAUGGCCCAGUUCCAAGAAGUCUCAAAGCAGUCCAGUCAGCACCCAAAGCCUGUUGGGUUGGUUUUACAGUAUGGCACAGCUGGCUUUAGAACCAACGCUAAACAUCUGGACCACAUCAUGUUCAGGAUGGGACUAAUGGCCACGCUUCGCUCCAAGAAAACCAAAGCCACCAUUGGAGUUAUGGUCACUGCAUCACACAACCCAGAGGAGGACAAUGGGGUGAAGCUGAUUGACCCGAUGGGAGAAAUGGUGACACCCACGUGGGAGUGCUACGCCACGCAGCUGGCCAACGCAGAACAGGACGAUUUACUCACUGCUCUGAAAGACAUUAUCGAGAAGACGGCCAUAGACAUGAGCCAGGAGGCCAAUGUAUUUUUGGGCAAGGACACCAGGAGCAGCAGUGCCAGGCUUUCACAGGCAGUGCUGGAUGGAGUGACUUCUCUCGGUGGUCACAGCAAAGACUAUGGUUUGGUGACGACCCCACAGCUCCACUACAUGGUUUGCUGUCAGAACACACAGGGUAAAUAUGGAGAGGCCACUUUGGAAGGAUACUACAACAAACUCUGCCAGGCUUUCAUUCAGCUUACCAGGAAUGCGUCCAACUGUACAGAUGACCAGAAGCACCUCUGCGUAGAUGGUGCCAACGGCAUUGGAGCUCUGAAGGUGCGUGAGAUGGAGAGUCGUCUGAAGAACGAACUGCAGAUUUCUCUCUUCAAUGACGGGAGCAAAGGCAAACUCAACCACCAGUGUGGGGCCGACUUUGUAAAAGUGCAACAAAAACCUCCAACAGGUGUAGUGAUUAAUCCAGGGGAGCGUUGUUGUUCCUUUGAUGGAGACGCUGACCGAAUAGUUUAUUACUACUUGGACUCUGAGGUACAGUUUCACAUGCUGGAUGGAGACAAGAUAGCUACUCUCAUCAGCACUUUCCUCAAGGAGUUGCUCACACAGGCUGGUUUAGACUUGGAGAUAGCAGUGGUGCAAACAGCGUAUGCUAAUGGCAGCUCAACACAUUAUCUGGAGAACAAGAUGAAGGUAAUCGUGAGGUGUACUAAAACUGGAGUGAAGCACCUUCACCAUGCAGCCCAGGAAUUUGACAUUGGUGUAUAUUUUGAAGCCAAUGGCCAUGGGACUGUGUUGUUCAGUAAGACGGCUGAAGAGAAAAUUCAGCAGCUCACGCAGGACACCAACGCCAACGAUGAGAGCAAGAGGGCAGCUCUGCUCCUGCAGAACACUGUCAACGUCAUCAACCAGACUGUAGGUGAUGCAAUUUCCGAUAUGCUGCUGAUUGAAGCUAUAUUAGCCAUCAAGGGUAUGACUGUCCAGCAGUGGGACGCUAUCUACAGAGACCUGCCAAACAGGCAGCUUAAAGUCAAGGUGUCGGACCGCAGAGUGAUAGACACAACAGAUGCAGAGAGAAGGGCAGUGAGUCCAGAGGGACUGCAGGAGGCCAUCGACAGUUUAGUGAAGAAGCACAAACAGGCCCGCUCCUUUGUGCGACCCUCCGGCACCGAGGACGUGGUCAGAGUUUAUGCGGAGGCAGAAACACAGGAGAGUGCUGAUGCCCUCGCACAUGAAGUCAGCCUCGCAGUUUAUCGCCUCGCAGGGGGAGUAGGAGAUGAACCCAAACCAUUGCAGUAGAAUUUAGGGGUACAACACUUCAACAACAGUUCGGUUUGUAUUGUGGUUUUCGGUCAUGGUUUUCGGUCACGGUUUUAAAAUUUUCGCAGCCUCGUAUUUUGUUUUUUACAAAAAUAACGUUCUAUUCAGACACCAGUGGAAAUGGGCAUUCACGUUAGUGUGUGUGUUACUGUGAGCAGACUUGACAGUUAAGUGGCAUGACAGUUAAGACAGCUAGUGCCCCGUGUAUGAACGUGGGGGAAAAAAAGUUGUGUAUAAACACCAGUUUUGGGAACGUUACUUUAAAAAAGUAAUUAGUUAUAGUUACUCACUACUUGUUCCAAAACGCCGUUACCUAACGCAGUUCUUUUAAACGGCGUUAUUCCAAACACUAAUAAACACAGUUGUGCACACAAUCCAAAUCCAUGCAUAAUUUACUUAUGGAGAAUAUAUACAAACAUUUUAAGUGCCCAAAACGAACCGUGGCUUGUUGAUAUUGAACGGUUUAAUUUUGCAACCCUACUAGGAACCUUAUCAUAUGCACCAGUCAGCUGCAUAAUGAAAUAAUUUGGCUGAUUGGUGUGAUAUUGAUGUCUCAGUUGGUGUUUUGUUUUUUGUUUUUUGUUUUUUUGAAUGGAAUGUGAUUUUAUAAAGCUGUGAUUAUCUAUUGAUAUUCGUGGUGAGGUGCAGACUCAUCUUGUACUGCUAAUUGCACUCUGCGAUUUAUUUUUCUAUGUGUCUGUUGUAAAAAUGGUACUCACCGAGUUAGACUUUGAAGGGAUUUUAUGCAACUUAAGGUCAUAUUCUUGACCAAGUAGCCAUGUACCUAAUUAUGUUAUUUUUAAUUUUGUUAUUUUAUGCAUUAUAAAUAAUCCUCCUAAUCAUGUAAACUGCCUCUGCCAUAAUUAAAUUAGUCGGAAAACAAAUUCAGAAGGUUUUAAGUGUUUAAUUUAAUUUUAAUUAUGAUUGAUGUAUCUUCUUACUGUUUCUGUGUUUUUUUUUUACUUUUCACAACACCAAAAUCUGACGUUUACGUGGGGGAAGUAUCAGAUGUAGUUCACUGAAUAAUGGUUGGAAAGACGAUGCUGCUUAGUUUUAAUAAAUCAAUUUGUAAAUGUAAA